AUCAGGCAGCGCGAGUGGGCUCCAACAUGGCGGACAGCGCCAGCGAGAGCGACACGGAUGCGGUGGGCAGCUCGUCGGCGCUGCCGCCCUCCAACUCAUCGGCCGCCUCCAAGGCCGGCAUCGUGAUCUCGGCCUCGAAGCUGGAGGAGCUGAGCAACCGGCUGGCCUCGCUGCAGCAGGAGAACAAGGUGCUGAAGAUCGAGCUGGAGACCUACAAGCUCAAGUGCAAGGCCCUGCAGGAGGAGAACCGCGACCUGCGCAAGGCCAGCGUUACCAUCCAAGCAAGGGCUGAACAGGAAGAAGAGUUCAUUAGUAAUACGUUGUUUAAGAAGAUUCAAGCCUUGCAAAAAGAAAAAGAAACUCUGGCUGUAAAUUAUGAGAAAGAAGAAGAAUUUCUCACAAAUGAGCUGUCCCGCAAGCUGAUGCAGUUGCAGCAUGAAAAGGCUGAACUGGAACAGACACUGGAGCAGGAACAAGAGUUUCAAGUAAACAAAUUGAUGAAGAAGAUCAAAAAGCUGGAGAAUGAUACUCUUUCCAAGCAAUUUACACUUGAACAGUUGAGACGUGAAAAAAUUGACCUUGAGAACACCUUGGAACAAGAACAAGAAGCAUUAGUAAAUCGAUUGUGGAAGAGGAUGGACAAACUGGAAGCAGAGAAGCGUAUUUUACAGGAAAAACUUGAUCAGCCUGUGUCAGCUCCGCCAUCUCCAAGAGACAUUUCCAUGGAAAUAGACUCACCAGAAAACAUGAUGCGGCAUAUCAGAUUUUUGAAAAAUGAGGUAGAGAGGCUAAAGAAACAACUCCGAGCUGCCCAGUUACAGCAUACGGAGAAAAUGGCACAGUAUUUAGAAGAGGAACGUCACAUGAGGGAAGAGAAUCUGAGGCUCCAGCGAAAACUCCAAAGAGAAAUGGAAAGGAGAGAGGCCCUUUGCAGACAGUUGUCAGAAAGCGAGUCUAGCUUAGAAAUGGAUGAUGAAAGAUAUUUUAAUGAGAUGUCUGCACAGGGACUUAGACCUCGCACUGUAUCCAGUCCAAUCCCUUACACGCCAUCUCCGAGUUCCAGCAGGCCUAUAUCUCCUGGACUAUCUUAUGCAAGCCACAGUGUUGGUUUCACUCCUCCUACUACUUUGACUCGUGCUGGAAUGUCCUAUUACACAUCACCUGGUCUUCAUGUACAGCAUAUGGGAACUUCACAUGGUAUUGCGAGGCCUUCCCCAAGAAGAAGCAACAGCCCUGACAAAUUCAAACGCCCGACACCUCCGCCCUCCCCAAACACACAGACAGUGGUUCAGCUGCCACCGCCACCACCUCCGCCAGUCCAGCCAGCGCUUCAGUGUGCAGCAUCCCAACCAGCCCAUCCCCAGCCUUCAGCAUAUCCUCCUGCUCCUCCUCCGCCAUAACGUGCAUGUGCUGUGAAGCAACAGCACCCAGAGUGGACUGAUGACAUAAAAGCAGUUUACUAAAGCCAAAGGCUUAACUGGCAUCUUUUGGAUUUGACUUAUUUGCACUGAGAUUAUAUAGGCUUCACCGCUAACUGUGUUGUAAAUGUUUGUCUGGAGGGCAGCCAGUGUUGUUUGUCCACAACACUAAUUUACUGCAUUUUUGUCAGUGUUGACUGGAACCUCAUGCACAGCCUUCAUCUUGUUGCUUCAGAUAUCUGCCACAUCCAUUUGGUGAUAACAGUACACAAUUGAAUGUCCUGAUGGUUCCAAAGCUUCAUUCCACAGAUUCGUAAAACAAAACACACGCACACACUUACACAAGAAGACCUUUUGAUGAUUUUCAUUACAAAUUUUGCAGCAAUUGCAAGCAUGAUGUGUCUUGUUUUCUAGGCUGUGUUUAUGCUUCAGUGUUAAUGCUUUUGUGUCUUGUUGGGUUUUGCCAAGCAUUUACAGAAUUAGCACUACAUUUUGGAGCAAAGUGGCAACGGAGUUAUAGGGGAAAUAUUGAGAUUUGUCAAGCACCAUCACUAAAUCUAAUGUCUACAGGUGGUCUGAUUUGUAUCCAAAUAAACACCAUAUAAGCUUAA